AUGAUAGAAAACCUAUCACUCUCAGCACCAAAAUUAGCAUUUGCAGAAUAUAAGAUGAACUGCAAAUCAACUGUUCUAUGGAUUUUGGGAGGAGGAGGAGCUACACAGAAAUUAACAACCAACGAUGCCUUAACCUACCUCAAGGAAGUUAAAGACAUGUUUCAAGAUCAAAGGGAAAAAUAUGACAUGUUCCUUGAUGUCAUGAAAGAUUUUAAGGCUCAAAGAAUCGACACUACUGGUGUCAUAGCGAGGGUGAAAGAACUAUUCAAAGGGCACAACAAUCUAAUCUUUGGGUUCAACACCUUCUUGUCAAAGGGUUAUGAAAUUACCCUCAUUGAUGAGGAAGAGCCCCCGACAAAGAGAACUGUUGAGUUUGAAGAAGCUAUAAGUUUUGUAAACAAGAUAAAGAAACGUUUCCAAAAUGAUGAUCAUGUAUAUAAAUCAUUUCUUGAGAUCUUGAAUAUGUACAAAAAGGAGCAUAAGGGCAUUACUGAGGUCUACCAUGAGGUUGCUGUACUUUUUUCAGACCACUCAGAUUUGUUUGAUGAGUUCACAAGAUUUUUGCUCGAUACUUCAGCUAUAACAUCAGCUCCACAUGUUCCACUUGGCCGACAUUCUUUUCAUCGCAAUAAUGCGAAGAGUUCUGCUAUGACCACAUCACGGCAUGUACCUGCGAACAAGAUCUUGGAUUCGGGGGUGGCAAGUCGAAGUCCUUAUACGGAAGACAUAGUCAUCUCGGCAUUACUCUGGUUAAGUUUGCUGGUGACCAAUCAGGCUUGAAGGAUGUUGUGAGGCUUGUAGAAUUCUUUGAGAAAGAAAACCAUGGAAUUGGACCCAUGUAUGAAUGCAUUCAAAGGUAAGUUUGAUUUGAUUUUUCUUAUUUGAUCAACAAAGAAAAAAAAGAAUACCAUUAAUAGAUUGGAUUCAAAGAACAACCUAAUGUAAGAUUUAUGUUUCUAUUUUCUGUUUAUUUUGUAUAAUGAUUUGAAAUUACAUCUUGUGGAGUAUUUGGUUCAUUCAGUUGAAAUAAAA